ACGAAGCAGCGCUUUCCUGCGUUUUGAUUGGCCCUGAAAAACACCGGCAGAAACAGGGAAGCCGAUUCGCUCCGGCUCGGACUGAGGCUCGGUGCACUAUGCUUGAUCCAUUAGAAAAUGGUCUGUUUGACAUCCCAGACUAUGAUCAAAUAGAAGAUGAGGCCUUUCCCCCUCUUCCGCCACCCCUGUCCCCUGGGGACGGUAACCUAGAGCAGGACCCAUUUGCCAAUGGGGAGGGUGAGGAGCAAGGAGAGGUGUCGAAGUUACCAGAGGUUCCAGUCGCUAAAAGGCGAACAGUCAGGAGACCCCAACCUAAACUAGACUCUCAGAGACUCCUGUCUGAAAGAGGACUUCCAGCUUUACGUACCUUGUUUGAUAAUGUCAAAUUUAAAGGCAAAGGACAUGAGGCUGAAGAUCUUAAGGUUCUCAUGCUGAAAAUGGAGAACUGGGCACACAGAUUAUAUCCCAAACUUCAAUUUGAGGACUUCAUUGAUAAACUAGAGGUUCUAGGUGGCAAGAAGGAUGUACAGACAUGUCUUAAACGAAUACGACUGGACAUGCCUCUGAUACAUGAGGAUUUCAUUGGAAAUAAUGUUGUUGAAGCUGAGGACCACUUGCAGGAAGAUGUAGAGCCAUUUGGAGAUGGAGGCUUCUCUGAAGAUCCUUUUAUCCAUUCCACUCCUGCACCUGCCCCAGUCACUCUUACUGAGGAGCAGCAGAGGCGUAUUGAGCUCAACAAACAGCUGGCCCUGGAAAGGAGGCUGGCCCGGCAAAAACAGCAAGAGUCCUCGCAGUCUACCUUGCCUGACGAACCUGCUGUAAGCCCCCCACAACAUUGCCUCAGCCAAGAAAACCAGGAAGACUGGGACGAAAAUACAGAAAAAAAUGACACACCUUUAAAACAAGAACCUCCUGCAUCCCAGAGCUCCCCACUGUAUGAUAAUGAGAGCGAAAGCACAGUUCCAGAACUGACUAACGGCAGAGAUGAUAAUAGCAAUUGAUUGAGUCUUAGUCCUUGUACUUGUUCGAGUUUUUAUUAUGGAUACAGCAAAGUGACUGCCAACAAAUCUUUGAGUUCUCCAAAGAUUUUACCAUUACAGCUAUUGAAUGGUGACAUUUGCAUUCUUUCUGUUAAUCAAGUUCCAGAUAAGCCAAACAUUCUGUUAAACUGUGCUUCUAUUGUUCUUGACAUUUAGUCGAACCAAUUCCUCUUCAUCCAAUGCCAGACUUCUGCAGCUCAUGGGGAGCUUUAGAAAUGAGCCAAAUCAACCCAAGUCUAAAGUUCCCCUCUCAUGGCCUUAGAAAUGGACCAGAGUGUACCUCUGUCUUUUCCUUUUGAUCUGCUUCUGAUCUGAGUGUUGGUUUGCAUGGGCCUUUAUCCUCUGCGAGGACCUGUAUUUAGAAAAAACUGACCUUUUUUCCCCCCCUUAUUCCUGUUCAUCUUCAUCUUCUUAUAUUGUGAUAACCUCUGAUUCUAAUCACUGUGCAGAGCUUUAUAGACAGAACCAGCUGUACUCUUGAGGAUGGAGUUCAGCUUUACUCCCAUUUGUGUAGUUCAUAGUGAUGUUACUCAAAUGUCACAUAACUGGGUUUCAUUUAUGGCAUAACAAUACAUAAUUUCUUUGUGAUGUAUAACUAACAGUCUAUAAGUGCAUGACCAGGGUUAGCAGCAACUGAGGAGUAGCACAUGGUCAUACAGGCAACUGAUUGCACCCCCAAUGUCUGAACCAACAGGAUGUCAUUCUCAUUCCGUGUAUACAUACCCUUAGCUGACCAUCUGGGUUUGAAACCUAAUUUAAUGCAGUCAUUGCUAAUUCUGAGCAAGUUAUUCAAGCCAAUGUGAGCUUGUGAAAGACUGCUGCCAAGUUUUUCUAUUUUUAUGGUUUUAUCAUUCUUGUUAACAUGGCUUGCCUCAAGCACACUUUGUGUUAAUGUCAUUUCUCUUUUUUCCUUGUAUUUCAGUAUUCAAAAUAAAGUGUUAAUGUACUGCAGUUUAUUUAGUAUGUCUGAGUGUUGUUUAUGUAACUCUCUGCUGGUCUUACACUGCCAGAUGCUGAGA